AUGUCCUCCGGCGCUGCCUCCCAUGGCGAGGCCGACGACAGCAGCAGCGGCGACAUGCACUCGCCCACGCCUCGAUACUAUCCACCACCAAGAAAUCCUUUAACACCAGCCCAGCUUGGUCGUAUCGCCCAGACUUUUGGUAUCGUCAUUCCCAGUCUCCCAGAGGCCCCGUCACCAUUCCGGGAUCGUGAGCUCGCUGGUUCCCCUCGGACUGGGUCCUAUCCACGGACAGGCUCCCAGAAGCAGUCGGCGCAGUCGCAGGCCGUUGCCGUCAUCCCGCCGGCUUCUCUGCUCGUUCGACAGCAGUCUGGCUCGCCUGACAUCAGCGUGGAACGAGAACGGCUUCGACGCUGGCGUCGUGGCCGGCUCAUUCCUCUGCAGCCCACGCUCAACAUGAUGCUCGUCGCCAUUGCCCGCGAGUUUGGCCUUCCUUCAAUAGCUGGCAUCACAGUGUAUAUGGGACCUCAACUGCCGGCAGAGUCUCACGGCUCGCGCGAAUCGACGGCGAGCUAUGGCACAACAACAGACCUCGAUGUUGGGCCUCAGAUCACACCUGCAGCCUGGAGUACAUUGUUCCCCAACUCUUCUUCGCGAUCGACAAACUCGCCAACAAACACGCCAGUCGCGACGCCCAAAAAGGCCUUUACCUCUCCGCCAGCCGCCAAUCUCUCCCAUGGCGUGUUCGCCCCUGCCCCCGACCCGAUCCUCCCACACACAAACCAUCACCACCGAGUCCGAAACCUGUCCAACCCGCCCGAGUCGAGAUUCCCCUCCAACUCGUCUCAGACGGGCUCGUCAGUGUCGUCAUUCUCUCCCCGCACACCGGCAUCCAUCACGGCCAGCAUUCCUCCGUCGACAUCAUUGUUUGGAACAAUCGAGUUCGACAUUGACCCCGAUGAGGCGCCUUGGUUUGAGGGCUGGCUCCGCUCAGGGGGUCCAUCUCGCAAGUUGGGCUCCGAGGGCGGGGUUCGGGAACUGGCUCUUGUCGGUAAACUCAACGAUGAGCGCCCGCGCUUCCUUCGCGACUUGGAACUCGAAGCGGAGAGAGCCGAAGCCGAGCGAUUGGAACAGAAGAGGCUGUUGGAGCAGCAGGAACUCGAACGGCAAGAGCAGGAGAGACUCGAGGUGGAGCGGCGAGAGCAGGAGCGUCUGGAACAGGAGCGCCUGGAGCAGGAACGCCUCCAAGCCGAGCGUCUCGAGGCAGAGCGGCUGGAGCGGGAACGUGUCGAGGCUGCACGACUCGAGCAGCAACGCAUAGAGGCGGAACGAUUCGAGAAGGAGCGCCUCGCAGCCGAGCGAUUGGAACAAGAGCGCCUCGAAGCCGAACGGCUCGAACGAGUGCGCGUGGAACAGGAGCGCAAGGAGCAAGAGGAGCGCCGUCUCGAACAACAGCGUCUCGAGCAACAACGCAUCGAGGCUCAACGUCUCGAGCAGGAGCGUAUCGAACAGGAGCGUAUCGAACUCCAGGAACGGCUCGAGCGAGAGCGCAUCGAGGAGGAAGAGCGACUCAAACGAGAGCAGCUGGAGAAGGAGCGGGUCCGCGAAGCAGAGAAGCGCGAAGCGGCCACUCGCGCCGAGAGGGAGCGCAAGCAGCGAGAAAUGGAGGAACGCGAACAGGCCGAGCUCGCCGAGGCCGCAGCUGCGGCUGUCGGAUACGCCGCUCUGGCUGACAGCUCACACACAUAUGACUAUGCCGACGACCCGCCUUCGACAUCCCGCGAGCUCAACGAACACGAUGGGGAGCUUCACGGACUUGGCCUGAAUCGCGCUGUGGCACCCAACGGCGUCAGGCAGUCCAACACCCUCUCGGAAGACGGUGAACGCAGUGAGCUCGGCGACGUUGUUGCGAUGCUCGAUGCGCAUCGUAGCAGCACCGACCUGUUGGCCAGCCCGAUUGCCCUCCCGCGUCCCAUCCCCAAUGGUGUCCCUCCCUUGGAGCGCGGCCCGCCCACGAGUGUCACCCCCGACAGCCCUGGACUGCUCUCCCCCCAACUCUCGCCGUCCGACCACCGCGGCAGUGGCAUCGUCAUGGCCGACCAGCUCAACAACCUGGAGAAGCUCAUGCGCGACCUGUCUCCCCGAGACAUCCACUUCAACUCGCCCUCUGCGCUUCAGCAGCGCCGCGGCGUCGGCGAGAAGGCCUCGCCUCUCAAUGGAGCAGGUGUCAAUGCGGCGGGUGCUGCUUUGCCCCGCCGUGGCUCAAGCAGACUACCUUAUCUCCAGCCCGAGAGCCCCCGGCGCCACUCGCCCCUUGUCCCGCCAGGAAAGCGGUACCCAGACGCCCACACGUCGACAGGUUCAGCGGGCACCUCGCCGCCUUCGAACCACGGCUCGAUGGCUGCGGCCGACCCAGAGGCGCGGUCCAUGACGCACACGCGCUCUACUUCUGGCUCCAACAAGCUGCACCACGAGAUGGCCCAGCGCGGAAGCGACCACUCCAUCAAGAGUGCCAAGUCAGAAGCACCGAAGCGGCCGCCCCGCCCUCCCACUCCCGACUUCGCCACCCCCGAGGUGCCAGCCAAGUACCUCCCCACUGAGAAGGUUGGCACAAUCAAGGUGCCCAACACACCGCCUCUCGGGUCGAUUCCUAUCACGCCGUCUCCUGGUGCCAUCUCCAAUGGCACGAUGCCGACGACCCCAGGGCGUCAAAGGCCGCCUUCGAUGAGCUUACGCGGGCUUCGCAGAGCUAGCUCAAAGGUCAUGCUGCGCCCCAAGUCGAAGGCUCCCUCUGGCAACUACCCGACUUACCCUGUGGACCCGAACCGUGGCGGUGAUCCAAACAUCUCGUCGCCGAUCAUCCCUGUGGAGGAGCCGCAGAUCCCCAUUGGCCUCUUCCCCGCCAACCCACAGGCGAUGGGACAGCAGUCGUCCUUCCAGAGCAUGCGCAGCCCACCGUUCCAGCCUCGCAGCCUGCCCGACUCUACCAACGAGUUUGGAAUGUUCAAUGGCCCUAGCACCGACCCGCACGCCUCCACCGCGCCAGCGAAGAGCAAGGACGGGUUCGCGUCGCGUCUCUUCUCCUUUGGCGGCCGCCGCGGAAAGGAUGAGAGCGAGAUCUCUGCCAUCAACAUCUCGACCCCAUUCUCCACUACCCACACGCACUUCACGCCCGCCGACAUGGCUGCGGCCGCUGGGCACACCAUCAUGCCCAUCCCGCCGCCGCCGCGCUCGCAUGGCCCGUCGGGCUCGCUCAGUGCCUCGGGCGGCAACGUCCCCCUCUCGCCCGCCACGGCCAACUUUGAGUUUGGUGACCCCAACAACUCGCCCACAUCCCCCCGAAACGUCAGGCGCAAGCCUGUCCCCGGACUUCAAAACCAGAACCGCAGCAGCGGUAGCGCGAGCGGCGACGAGUCUGCCGAGAGCGUCCCCGUACCACCUUCAAAGGUUACCGCAGCUGCCUACUAG